AUGAUGUACCUCUUCAUAUGCCUCCUAUCAUCAUUCCUAUCAAUUGCUGAAGCCUUGAGACCUCAGUCUGAGCUCUUUGCUCGAGAACUUCCGGAUUGGCAGCCGUUGAUUGAGACUUGGAAAGCCAAGGGCGGAAAGCAUGCCAGUGAUGUGGUGGCCAGCUACAAGACGCUGAAACCCGCACCCACCAGCGACUUCCGAAAGAUUCGACGCUACAGCAAGGUGCUGAUGCAGAAGCUUCGCCGACAAAUCUUGACGCCCUGGACAACAGAUGACUAUGCCGUGCUGUCAGUGGCACAAGGGACCUAUCGCAUCCUUUGGCUGCCCAACAGCACCGGUCGCACCGGUGUCCUCUACACCGUGGGCCUCGGGCCCUGCAUCGGCCUAGCCAUCGAGGCCACCAGCGACACCGGCGCCGGAGCCAACGGCUCCCUGGUGGCGCUGGCGCACGCGGACUCGGACACGGCGGUGGCGCAGGCCUUGGAGGAGAUGACGCGGGAGAUCCACGCGCUGGCGCCUGGAAAGGUGGUGAAGAUGUCUUUGACACUAAUUGGAGGUCGUGUAUCAGCUCAAGGAAAGGUCCGUGCUCAGUUCGCCAGCAUUUUGGACAGCAUGAAGAAUUUCCAAGAGAACUCCGAGAUGUGUACCUUGCUAAGUCCUGGUGCCAUUGCUGGUGGAGUGGCAGCUGGUUUGGUGGCCACCAAGCCACUACCCUCCUUAACCAACAGCUCCAGCGGAGCAGUGGCCUGUGCUGAGGAGUUGGUGAAGAACAUCAAACGAGAUGAUAGCGGGGCACAGGUGGCGGCAAUGGGAGGAAAACUCAAAACUGGCUCUCUGCCAACUGCUUGA